GCUUUCGACCUUGAGGGCGAUUUACUCUCCCCAUCUUUCCGCCUACGCGAGCUCGUGCCGGAGCAGGCAUACUCGGGAUGCCGGCGGAAUCCACUGCUGUGGAGGCCCCGAAGGCCUCGCGCCGUUGGGCAUUGCCAGAGUUCAACGCUUCGGACUGGGAUAUCCUCGUGCUCUCCACUACCUUCAAGCUGCUAUUGUUCCCCACAUAUCGCUCGACCGAUUUCGAGGUCCACCGCAACUGGCUUGCGAUCACGCAUUCGCUACCCAUCUCGCAAUGGUACUACGACACCACAUCAGAAUGGACCCUCGACUAUCCCCCAUUCUUCGCGUACUUCGAAAAGGUGCUUUCGAUCCCGGCGUCUUUCAUCGACCCCAGAAUCGUGGAUGUCAAUAACCUAGAAUAUGGGGCGUGGUCGGUCAUUGCGUACCAGCGCACCACUGUCAUCUUGACGGAGUUGGUGCUUGGUGCGGCCUGCCUAAGGCUCAUCCGCAACUCUGUGGACCCCGCGACACAGCGAAUCAUCGCUGCCUCCUUGUUUCUGCACCCGGGGUUCAUCAUCGUCGAUCACAUUCACUUCCAGUACAAUGGCUUUAUGUUCGGCAUCCUGUUAUGGUCGAUCAUCAUGGCUAGAGAGGGCAAGCGGCUUGCCAGCGGCAUUCUAUUUGCCAUACUGCUGAACUUCAAGCACAUCUACAUGUAUCUGGCUCCAGCGUACUUUGUCUACCUGCUGCGCUCCUUCUGCUUAUCCCCGACUGGACGCCUGCAGAUCAAGAACUUCCUCUCUCUUGCGAACGCUGUCAUAGCCGUCUUCGUCACCUCCCUCGGACCCUUCAUGCUAAUGGGGCAGAUCCCCCAGCUGCUGUCCCGGCUGUUUCCCUUCAAGCGCGGGCUUAACCAUGCCUACUGGGCGCCCAACGUCUGGGCUUUGGUAACCGCGCUUGAUCGCGUACUUCUACGUUACGUUCAACGCACAGGCGCGGAAGUGACCAUCAACGACUCCGGCGUCGCUUCUAGCUCGCGCGGGCUCGUUGGCGACACCGUCUUCGCCGUCCUGCCGAAUGUGCAGCCCAUUCACACAUUCAUCAUCACGAUUGCCUUCCAGAUAGCGUUCCUAGUCAAGUUGUGGUUUAGGCCAACGUACAAGUCUUUCCUGACUGCACUUACCCUCUGCGGCUACACCUCGUUCCUGUUCGGUUGGCAUGUGCACGAGAAAGCUGUCCUGCUAGUACUCGUCCCCCUUAGUCUACUGGCAGCGGAGCGACAGGCAUACUUCCGUACCUUCCUCAUUGCCAGCGUCGCUGGAAUAUUCUCACUCUUCCCAUUGCUCUUCACGCCGACGGAAUCUGUCAUCGAGGUCGUUUACUCCAUUGCAUGGCUGGCUCUGGUCUACCUCCCGUUAUCCCGUCGUGUUUACGAGUUCCCGAAGUCCAUCUUCUACGUGAUCCUCGACACACUGGAGAAAAUGUACCUUGCAGGCUUCAUUCCAUUGCAGCUCUUCGUCACACUUUACCCUGUGUGGUUGAGCAGGAGGGAAAGCUCGGGUGGGAUGGAGUUCUUGCCGCUGAUGCUGACGAGCGUCUACUGCGCGGUGGGGCUAGUGCAUGCGUUUGUGAGGCUGGCAUAUGUGUAUGUGAACGAAGAGAGGGCGUACCAAGGACCGUUGAAUGAGGUUCAGUAGUUGGGUUGCAAUACACCGGUUGUCUUGGACGAAGGAUACCCAUCGGUACGGUUUCGCCGAACCUCGUGUUUUUUCCGGC